CAAGCGACUUUGUAUAAUCAACGAACCACCACCAGCCGAUCUCUUUUGCGGCAAAAGCAACUAACUCAGAUAAUCAAUACACCGAUUCUUGAUCGUCAAUUUGGCUGGAUUCAGAUCGAAAUUGGAAGUUCAGACUGAGUUCGAUUCUCUUAUUUGUCGAUCUCAGAUAAGUGAUGAAGCCAAUAAGGCUUCCUGAACCUCCAAGUAGUCCAACCGUCAGCGGCGGUCUCCCAGACAUCUUCGAAGGCAGUGUUUACGGCGUCAUCAGACGCGCCGUCGUCAUCGGCAACGGUUUUCCGGCUUCUGAGAAUCAAAGUCUCGGAUUAGUUCGCGCUCUAGGGCUUUCCGAUAAGCAGACGUUCUAUCGAGUUACGCGACCGAUAGGAGGUGUUAAUGAGUGGCUUCACUGGCUACCAGUUUCUAUCCACAACAAGUUAUAUUACAUUAUCAUCACAUUGUAUCGUUAUUCACAAUUCAUCUUUGCUGGUAGAAGCAAGAGAAUAUUGUCUAUUCGUGCUGAGAAUGGUGGAAGCACUGGUUUAUCAUCCAUCUUAGAAGCUGAUGUAAGAAAUAUCGUAAACAUGGCUCGGGAUGAUUUUGAGAAGGAUGGUCCUUUAUUGGUUGUUGCAUCUGGAAGAGAUACCAUAUCUACUGCCAGUGCCAUAAAGAGAUUAGCAUCUGAGAAAGUUUUUGUUAUCCAGAUUCAGCAUCCAAGAUCCCAUUUGGAUAGGUUUGAUAUGGUCAUCACUCCUCAUCAUGACUAUUAUCCUUUGACUCCACAAGCGCAGGAGCAGGUCCCCAGAUUUCUCAGGCGGUGGAUAACUCCACGUGAUCCACCUGAUAACCAUGUGGUCCUCACUUUGGGAUCUCUUCAUCAAAUUGAUUCAACUUCUCUUAGAAAUGCAGCCAUCACCUGGCAUGAUGAGUUUGCCUCCAUUCCUAAGCCCCUACUCGUCGUUAACAUUGGAGGACCUACAGGUCACUGUCGGUACGGUUUGGACCUUGCGAAGCAGCUUGUUGCCUCCUUACACAAUGUUCUUGUCGGGUGUGGGAGUGUUCGAAUAUCCUUCUCAAAGAGAACACCUAAGAAGAUAUCCAGUUUCAUAAUAAAGGAUCUGGGAAAUCAUCCAAAAGUGUUCAUAUGGGACGGCCAAGGGCCAAAUCCGCACAUGGGUGAUCUAGCUUGGGCAGAUUCGUUUAUCAUUAGUGCCGAUUCAGUCAGCAUGCUGAGUGAAGCUUGCAGCACCGGGAAACCUGUUUAUGUGAUUGGGGGAGAACGCUGUAAAUGGAAGUUUACGGAAUUCCACAAGUCUCUGCGUGAUCGAGGUCUAGUAAGACCUUUUACGGGUCUUGAGGAUAUGUCUGAGAGCUGGAGUUACCCUCCUCUAAAUGAUACUGCGGAUGCGGCACAUAAGGUUCACGAAGAACUGGCCAAGCGUGGAUGGAAGAUAAGGCCAUGAUUCGUGAAUGAAUGGAGGUAUUUUUUUCUUUGAAGAAAUUAGGGUUUAGGGUUUUAUAGGAGGAACCGCGGGUGGUGGUUUUUCAGGCAAAUGAAAAAUGCAUAUGGUUUGUUGUUGGACAUAACAACUAAAUUGAUAAGAAGAAUACAAAAAAUACAUGUCAAAAGCAUUGUGAUUUAUUAUUUAUUAUUUAUUAUUUACUCCUCCUCUGAUAAAAGAGGGUUUUGCCA